CCUUCUUUUUUGGCCAUCGAUGGAUGGACAUAUUCCUUCACGCACACUGGUCCUAAUGAUCCCCAUCCUUGGUGGCUGUUGGACCUAGGUAGCAAGCACUGCUUGGGUAGAAUCAACGUCACUCUCCGAAAAGAUUACGGUGGUUUUCGUUUCAUCGGGGCGAUAGCCCGAGCUGGACUGAGCCCCAACUUCGCCGAGAACCUGCCGUGCGGCUCACCGGCUACCAGCGAACAGUCUCAGAAUGGAGCCGAGAUCACGGUCCUGUGCGAGCCACCGCGGCUGGCUAGGUAUGUCAGCUUGGACAUCAAUACUUCCAUGCCCGGUGUAAAUGCGACACAGGCAUAUCUGCAACUUGCCGAGGUGGAGGUGGAAGAGUACACGUCUGGAGAGUGUGCUGCUCCUGGUUAUUUGGGAUGUUUUGGGGACGCUGAAAAUCGUUCCCUAUCGGUCGGCCCAGCACUAGAUCACAAUGAACAGUCGGUAGAGUUGUGCUUCAGAAACUGUUUGGAACCUACCGAGUAUAAAUAUGCGGGAAUGGAAUACGGACACGAAUGUUGGUGUGGGAAUGAAGACUACGAUAAACACGGUCAAGCGCCGGACUCCGAUUGUCAAGAUUUGUGCACCGGAAACAGCGACCAGAUCUGUGGAGGCGAUUGGCUCUUAUCCGUGUACAGAGUAUCACAAGGAGUUUGUAGUAACGACAUAGGACCCCCCAGCAACGGAGACCACACCAUCACCAACCCGCGUUCACUGUCUUACAAUCUCAUCAACUACAAGUUCUUCGGGACUCGUGUAGAUUUCUCCUGUGAUCCUGGAUAUACCCUCCAUGGAGCAUCCAGCAUUGAAUGCAUUGAGACUGGCUACAACAACGUCACGUGGAGUGACUCGGUACCAACAUGUGAAGAUAAUGUUUGUAUCAACCCAAACCCUUGCCAAAAUGGCGGCACGUGUAUCCCACAGUCCACCGGUGAUUUCUAUAACUGUUCCUGCUCCGCCGGUUUUAGUGGAGGGGAUUGCCAAAACGCUAUUGCAAACACCACGACGAUCAAUGUUGUUGUUGUCAUUGUCGUUGUCGUCGUCGUCUUGAUUGUCGUGCUGGUCAUUGUCGUGGUUUGCUUUGUCAAAAGGUCACGGCGCAAGCGCAGAGGCAGCCGGCUGUCUGCAGUCGAUAGAGGGUGUGGACAGGAGCUCAUCCAAAAGAAAUUGUCGAAUGUUUAUUUGAUUGACACUCUCCAAGCAUCGACAUCGAAAUUAAAUGGACCGGCCAAGGAGUUCCCGCGGGACAAACUACACAUCCUCGGCCAGUUAGGCAGCGGCUCGUUUGCUGUGGUCUACAAGGCCGAGGCAGAGGGAAUCAUCCGUAGGGGAACCAAUACGACGGUGGCUGUCAAGAUGUUGAAAGAAUGUGCUACACCCAACGAUCAGAGUGAUUUCAAGAAAGAGUUGCGACUGUAUUCCAUGUUGGACCGACAUCCCAAUGUCCUGUCUAUGCUCGGAUACUGCACUGAUAAAGACCCGAUGUACAUAAUCCUGGAGUACGUUCCCUAUAGAGACCUGCAGACCUACCUGCGACACAUUCGGACGGGCACCGAACCCUUCUACCUGAAGAAGGAAGAGUUCAAGGAGAAGAAGGACCUGACACCGACUGAGAUCCUGACUUUCGCAUCUCAGGUGGUCAGGGGGAUGGAGUAUCUAGCAUCGAAACAGUGCAUCCACAGGGACUUGGCGACCCGUAACAUCCUCCUUGGCGAGGGAUUGGUAUGCAAGGUGUCUGACUUUGGACUGGCUCGAGACGUGGCCGAGAAAAGCCAGUACGAAAUGCAAUCACAGGGCAGGGUACCAGUUCGUUGGAUGGCUCCUGAGUCACUGAUUAGUAAUAUGUACACGAGCAAGAGUGACGUAUGGUCUUUUGGUGUUCUUCUGUGGGAACUGGUUACGUUAGGAUCGCAUCCAUACCCCGGCAUGUCAUCGCAAAAGGUCAUCGAUGAAAUAAAGCAGGGCUACCGACUACCUAAACCAGAGCAUUGUAGCGACGACAUAUACCAGAUAAUGAUGGACUGCUGGCAGGAGAAACCUGAAGACAGGCCGAAUUUUGCUGGUCUUCACACCACCAUAGACGACAUCCUUGCAGAUGCAGCGGGUUAUCUCGAGAUGGGAAAUCUUAAUCCAGAAGAUUACGUGUACCUGAAACCUGGCCAAGGUUCGAACAGCAUCACUUGCUCACUCACUCGUUCGGCAACAGGCAGCAUCGAGUGAGUGAUCGCGUACAAUCACUACAAGCGUCACAGCUGUGCAAAAGACUGCAGGUUCAGUGUUUAUUGCACUAAAGCAAGUUCGAGCGAGAAUCGUCGUUAACCAUAGUUCAACCGUCUUUCUCAGAUGUACCUUAGGCCUGGAAUAGUUGAAAUUCUACAGCCGACUAUUGGCA